CUCGUGGGCCGGUCCCGGGCCCAGCGCGCUCCGCUCUCGCAGCCGCAGAGCCGCGGGUGUCCGGAGGCCGCUCGCCGCGCACGCUCCGCGGGCCCCGCCCGAGGCCCUUCCCUCCCGAGGCCCACGCCCAGUCUCCAGCUCCCGGCGGCCGCGGCCUCCCUUCCCCGCGCUGGGCGCGGCGGCGGGAGGAGGAGGAAGGAGGAGGAGCGGGCCGGCGGCGGAAGGGGGAGCGCGGCGCGGGCCGAGGGCGCGGAGGCCCGACUCGGACGAGGGGACGGAGCAGCGGCGCCCGCCGGGCCAGCUCCGCGACGCCGCGGCGAGAUGCUCCAGACCUUGUAUGAUUACUUCUGGUGGGAACGUCUGUGGCUGCCUGUGAACUUAACCUGGGCUGACUUAGAAGACCGAGAUGGACGGGUCUACGCCAAAGCCUCCGACCUCUAUAUCACACUACCCCUGGCCUUGCUCUUCCUCAUCAUUCGAUACUUCUUUGAGCUUUAUGUGGCUACACCACUGGCUGCCCUCCUCAAUGUAAAGGAGAAAACUCGGCUGCGGGCACCUCCUAAUGCCACCUUGGAGCAUUUCUACCUGACCAGCGGCAAGCAGCCUAAGCAGGUAGAAGUAGAGCUUUUGUCCCGUCAGAGUGGGCUCUCGGGGCGCCAGGUAGAACGCUGGUUCCGCCGCCGUCGCAACCAGGACCGGCCCAGUCUCCUCAAGAAGUUCCGAGAAGCCAGUUGGAGAUUCACAUUUUACCUGAUUGCCUUCAUUGCCGGAAUGGCCGUCAUUGUGGAUAAGCCCUGGUUCUAUGACAUGAGGAAAGUUUGGGAGGGAUAUCCCAUACAGAGCAUCAUCCCUUCCCAGUAUUGGUACUACAUGAUUGAACUUUCUUUCUACUGGUCACUGCUCUUCAGCAUUGCCUCUGAUGUCAAGAGAAAGGAUUUUAAGGAACAGAUCAUCCACCAUGUGGCCACCAUCAUCCUCCUUAGCUUCUCCUGGUUUGCCAAUUACCUCCGAGCGGGAACUCUCAUCAUGGCUCUGCAUGACUCUUCAGACUACCUGCUGGAGUCAGCCAAGAUGUUUAACUACGCUGGAUGGAAAAAUACCUGCAACAAUAUCUUCAUCGUCUUUGCCAUUGUUUUUAUCAUCACUCGACUGGUCAUCUUGCCCUUCUGGAUCCUGCACUGCACCCUGGUGUACCCGCUGGAGCUCUAUCCUGCCUUCUUUGGUUAUUACUUCUUCAAUGCCAUGAUGGGAGUGCUGCAGAYGCUGCAUAUCUUCUGGGCGUACCUCAUUUUGCGCAUGGCCCACAAGUUCAUAACUGGAAAGCUGGUAGAAGAUGAACGCAGUGACCGGGAAGAAACAGAGAGCUCAGAGGGGGAGGAGGCUACAGCUGGGGGAGGAGUAAAGAGCCGGCCCCUAGCCAAUGGCCACCCCAUCUUCAAUAACAACCAUCGUAAGAAUGACUGAACCAUUGUCCCAGCUGCCUCCCAGAUUAACGCAGAAAGCCAAGGAACUAGCCAACCUUCCUCAUAGGGUCACUUCAAGCUCUGGGGAGAUCUACAGAGAAGGGGAGAGGAGACUUCUAUGUUCUCUCUCCUCCUUUGUCACCCUGUUGCCUUUAAACCAAAUUCUAACCAGCCUGUCCUCAUAGAGGAGACUGGUUAUAUCCUGUAUUAGAGGGGAAUGGUUUUACUGUCCUUUCUGUUCACUAUUAUCCUUCUUAUAGCUUUUGAGAUCCCUCCUCAGCUCUGAGAGUGGGGKUAUGAUCCACAUUCCUUGUUCUAGAGAAUUUGGCCCUGUUUGCCUUUGACUCCCUGAAUGCCACAGCCAGGGUCGUGCCUUACUGUCCCAUCCGUGGGCCUCAUUCUGCCAAAGCUGGACCAAGGCUCACUUUUCUAAGCUUCCUGACUUGGGUCAGAAACCAAAGCUAAACUGACUCUUAACUUUUUCCAACUUUU